AUGAUGGGUAGUCUAUCGGCAGCGCAGCAACAGCUGAAAUCGCGAAGUAAAAUGCAUGAGAUGGCAGUUCGCCAGAGGCUCAUCACUGACCAGGUGUGCUUGAGGCUUGUUCAAUUAUCUGCAGAGGAAAGACGAACGCUACUCCAAGAAGGCUAUCCGGUUCCCACUCGGCUUCCUCUCUCGAAAGCGGAGGAAGAAUCACUUAAAAUCGUGCGACGAAAAAUCAAGAAUAAGCUGUCUGCCCAAGAAUCUCGCCGCAAACGAAAGGAAUACAUGGACACGUUGGAAUCUCGUUGCCAGGCAUAUUUCAACGAGAAUAGUCAGUUGAAGAGUGAGUUGUCCAGUAUGAAUUCGAUUUGUGGUUUAAUUCACGAGUAUGCCGAUUUGUGA